CCGAAAGUAAAAAAGAACAAGAAGAGACGCCAUUCCGAGGCUUUGACCCGAAACACUGGGUAUAUUGAUACGCCAGUAUUUUGUGGUCUGAAAUCAGUCUUUAAACUGUCUGAGAAAAGAAAAAUUGGGGACACUGCCUCUAAAAUGAGUCUCAACGAGGAGAGAGAGGAGGAGGGCACUACCUCUAAAACAAGUUUAUGCGAGCAGACAGAAGAGUAUGCUGCUUAUGAGUACCAAAUGCAAAAAGCAGCAUCUCCAGGAUCAAGUUGUGUGUCUAUGAAGAAUGAUGAAUACAUGAAGAAUCUGAGUCCUGCAUUCAGUGAUGGAGCGGAGACUUUUGACUUCAGUAUCACUAGGAGGAAGAGAAAAAACGCAGCAUCUCCAGAACCUAGCUUUGUGUCUAUGAAGAGUGAUGACUCUAUGGUGAAUCCCCCUGAAUUUAGUGAUGGAGCAGUGACCUCUGACCCUUUUGGGGAUGCAUAUAAGCUAAUCAGAUCUGUCGAGUUCUGUCAGGCUCAUAUCAGGCAGCAACAUACAGAUACAGUCAUGUUGGAGGAGACUGAAAACCUGCAUCAGGAUUCUCACCAACCAGUAGAUUACGUUCUUCAGAGAGUCAAAGACCAACACAAAACCAGCAUGAAGAACAAGUAUGAGAACCUGUUUGAGGGAAUCAAACUACAAGAGAAUCAAACCCUCCUGAACAUGAUUUACACACAGCUCUACAUCAUUGAAGGAGAGAGCGAAGGGGUGAAUGAUGAACAUGAGGUUUUUCAAAUGGAGAAAACAGCCAGAACUCAACACUUACAAGACACUCCAAUCUAUUGCAAUGACAUCUUUAAACCCUUACCUGAACCAGGAUGUGAGAAGAGAAAAGACCAAAUAAAGAUUGUUCUUACUAAAGGCAUAGCUGGAAUUGGAAAAACAGUAUCUGUUCAGAAGUUCAUUCUGGACUGGGCCGAGGGAAAUGCCAAUCAGGAUGUAGAUUUCAUGUUUGUGCUUCCAUUUCGAGAGCUAAACUUGAUUAAAGAUGAGCAGUACAGUCUUCACAAACUUCUGCUGGACUUUCAUCCAGAACUUCAUGAUCUGGACUCAGAAAUGUAUGAUGAGUGUAAAGUUGUGUUCAUCUUUGACGGUCUGGAUGAAAGCAGAAUUCUUUUGAAGUUUUCAGAUAGUGAGAAAGUUUCUGAUGUGACUGAGAUUUCAUCAGUGGGAGUGUUGAUGUCAAACCUCAUCAAAGGAGAUCUGCUUCCCUCUGCUCUCAUCUGGAUCACCUCCAGACCAGCAGCAGCCAGUCAGAUCCCCUCCAAAUACAUCAAGCGUGUGACAGAAAUUCAGGGAUUCAGUGACCCUCAGAAGGAGGAAUAUUUUAGGAAGAGAAUCAGUGAAGAGCAUCAAGCCAGCAGAAUCAUCUCACUCAUUAAAAGAGCAAGAAGCCUCCACAUCAUGUGCCACAUACCAGUCUUCUGUUGGAUCUCAUCCACUGUGCUUCAAAGCAUCCUGAAACAAGAUGAAAGAGCAGAAAUCCCUCAAACUCUGACUGAAAUGUACAUCCACUUCCUGCUCAUUCAGAUCAAUAUGAGGAAUCAGAAGUAUGAAGAGAGAGAUCCAGAGAAACCCCUGCAGUCCAACAGUGAAGUGAUUGUUAAACUUGCUGAUCUGGCUUUCAAACAGCUGAUGAAGGGCAAUGUCAUGUUCUAUGAGGAGGACCUGAGAGAGAGCGGCAUAGACGUCACUGAUGCCUCAGUGUAUUCUGGGAUCUGCACUGAGAUCUUUAAGGAGGAAUCUGUGAUUCAUCAAAGGAAAGUCUAUUGCUUCAUACAUCUCAGCUUUCAGGAGUUUUUGGCUGCUUUUCAUUGGUUUCUCAGCUAUGCGAGUACUACUACAGAAGCACUAAAGGUUUUUGAUUCAUUGCAUAAUUUGCUGAAAGGAGUAGUAGAUGAAGCCCUUCAGAGUGAAAAUGGACACUUGGAUCUUUUCCUGCGAUUCCUGCUGGGCAUCUCACUGGAGUCCAAUCAGAGACUCUUACAGGAUCUACUGACACACACAGAGAACAGCUCAGAGAGCAUCAAGAAAAUCUCACAAUACAUUAAAGACAAAAUCAAGAAUGACAAACGUCUCUCCACUGCAAAAUCCAUCAAUCUGUUCCUCUGUCUGCUGGAGAUGAAAGAUCAGACUCUGUACAGUGAGAUUCAGGAGUUUCUGAAAUCAGACAAACACUCAGAGAAUAAACUCUCUGCUGCUCAGUGUUCAGCAGUCGCCUACAUGCUUCAGAUUUCAGAGGAGGUGCUGGAUGAGCUGGACCUGAAGCAAUACAACACAUCAGAGGAGGGUAGAAGAAGACUGAUACCAGCUGUGAACAACUGCAGGAAAGCUCUGUAA